AUGAAUCGAAAAAAGAAAACAAAGAUUCAAGUGCCGGAAGGACCGCUGGUAACAGCCAACGCGACGGCGAUCGCGCCCAUUCCGAAGAGCAUCGAUGUGAAGGAGCAGGAGGAAUAUUUGGAUCUGAUCGAGAAGAAAGAAGUGAAGACGAGGAACAAGUGGAGGAGGGAGUACAAGCAGAAGCAGGUGGAAGCGCAGAAGAAGAAGGACGUGGCAAUUGAGGAGAAACGGAAGAGGAAUCUGACGAAACAGGAGCUGAAGGAGGAGCAGAAGGCCCAGCUCGAGGCAGCGACACUCAAGCACGAUCCUAUUCUCCGACAGACUUUUCCGUUCCAUUUCGAUCGAAACUGUGUAAGCUCUUCUAUAUUCUUUGUAUAAUUCCCAUCCUUCUGCUCAGUUGACGUUCCUCGGACGAGUCGGCGAAGAAGCGGUCACCGCGUACCUCCUUAUCCAUAAUCCGACCAAAUUCCCGCAGAUGUUCAAGAUAAAGACGUCGUGCAAUGCGAAUAUCAAGGUGAUUCCGGUGACUGGAUGUAUGGCUCCAUACGAUUUCGCUGAGAUCCAAGUAUGUUUUCAACGUGUGAAGGCUCCAGAAACUUCUGCAAUUCCAGGCAACCUUCGUCGGCCGUCACAUUCCACCGCCCUUUUAUGAGUUUUUGACUGUACACGCGAUAGAGUCGCAUCACUUUGUGCCGGUAUUUCUAUAAUGAACUCGAAUUCAAAAUGAGCCAACUUUUGUUGCAGAAUGUCCGCGAGGCUUUCAAAGAGCGCUCCAACUUCCAAUCUCGUGAAAUUAUGUACAUUGACUUUGCGUUUGUAUGUCCCUUCUUCCUGAAUAUUCUAAACUGUCAACUUUCAGAUAGAAGACGUAGAGAGAUUGAUGACUGCGAGAGCCGAGGAACUGAAGGAAAUGUGCGCCAGCUCGAUAAAUCGCAUGACGAAUUGGACAGCGGUCGCCGAUCAGGAAAAUAAGAAAUUAGAGCGCGUGAGGCAGGGAAUCGAAGCGGCGUCGCCAGAACGGACCAUCCGCGUGACGAAGUCGGAGAGGGCGUUCGAGUGGAAGCACAAGUUGGAGACGGAGUUGCGCACGCAACUGCCGGGACCGAGUGAUACGAAUUCGGCGAAGAAAAGGAGAAGGAAGCGGAGAACGAAGGGUGUGUAA